GUGGUCCAUGAUGGCUGGCGGGGCCAGGUGUCCCGCGGUGGCCGCAGGGGGCGAGAGUAGCGAAAGCGACGACGAUGGCUGGGAUAUCGGCUUCGUGUCCAAAGCGUCACCUGCGAAGCGGCAUUUGGAUGAGGCGUUGCAUUUAGAUGAUAAAGAAGUCGCUUUGAAGAAAGCACUGACUACUGGAAACUUGUCUCUUGUUGAAGAACUUUUAAAUUCAGGUGUAAGUGUAGAAUCUACUUUUAAGUUUGGAUGGACACCACUGAUGUAUGCUGCAAGUAUUGCAAAUGUGGAACUCAUGCGUGUCCUUUUGAACAGAGGUGCAGAUGCAAGCUUUGAAAAGGAUCAAUUUACAGUCUUGAUGGCUGCAUGUACUGCACGCGCUUCAGAAGAACAGAUGUUAAAGAGUGUAGAACUGCUUCUUUCAAGGAAUGCUAAUCCUAAUGCAGCAUGCAGGAAGAAAAUGACACCACUAAUGUAUGCUGCUCGUGAAGGCCACCCUCAAAUUAUUGCUCUUCUUGCUGCUCAUGGAUCACAGAUAAACAUCCAGGAUGAAAAUGGUUACACUGCAUUAACCUGGGCAGCACGACAGGGACAUAAGAAGGUAGUGUUCAAGUUGCUUGAGCUUGGAGCUGAUAAAUCAAUACAGACAAAAGAUGGACUGACACCAGGAGAGAUUGCAAAGAACAAUAAGCAUUCAGAGCUUUUCAGUUUACUUUCUUUGACAGCACAUCCUUUCCCAGGAAAGUUUCAGAACCUAACUAAAGAAAAGGCUAUUCACAGACUUUUGAAAGCAGUACCUGAUGCGGUUAAAAACAAUAAAAACAGUUCUUAUGCAGCUUUUGGUGACCUGGAAGUGCUUUUACAUGGUCUUGGGCUAGAACACAUAACAGAGAUUUUGAAGGAGAAAGAAAUAGUUUUAAGACAGCUUUUGACCAUGGGAAAAGAAGACUUUAUACAGAUUGGGAUUAUGGAUGCCAGUGACCAACAAAAAAUCUUAGAUGCUGCUAAAGAACUGCAGAUAGAAGAAGUGAAAUUGGAAGAGUUGCCUGGAAUAAUAAACUUGGAAAUCAGUGGUGAUGAAUUUCUUUCUUUUCUCAUGAAACUAAACAAACAAUGUAUUCACCUUACAACUGCUGUGCAGAGUGUGGUUAAUCAGUUCCCUACAGAUGCCCACAAGUUGGUUCUUGAAUGGAGUCCACCUGAAAGCCUUGCUAAAGUUUGUGAAGACCUUAUUUCCAGUACUGAAGAUCUGAAUGGAGAAGCAAACAAGCUAAAAAAGCUAAUUCAAAAGCUGCACGAGGGACAGAAUGAGGAUCCUUGCCGAAUACAGCCUCUGGUGGAAAAAGGCCGGUGGAAGAGGACCUUUUUAAAAAUGUCAGUGGUAGCAUUGGUUGGAUCUGGAUGCUGCUUCUUUAUCAGCAAGUUAACUUUAAGGAAGAACUAA